CUUAUCUUUCUCGUCAUCGCAUUUUUAUCUAGCAGACUCAACACAGCGAUCCCGUCAAUCAGCAUGUUAAGGUCGACAUAUACCCCUCCGCCUCCGCUGCCUCCAGGAUGGACCGAACAUAAAGCUCCAACAGGCCACACCUACUACUACAAUGCGCAAACCAAGCAAUCUACCUACACAAGACCUCUACCGGUCCCUGCACAAUCCCAACCGCCCACGAUAGCGCCGCAACCACCGACGUUCAACGCGAGCAUAGACACACUGCCCCCCUUCUCUUCCACCCCUUAUGCGCCUCACGGAUUCGGGCUCCAUGCCACUGGAUCUAAUGCCAUCCCUCAAUAUGGACAACAGCAUGGAGGUCACGGCCAGGAGAAUUUCCGUGGUGCAAGGAACAACUACGAUCGCCGACGCCGGGGACCAGAAGACAGACCCAAGAAGAAACACCCCAUUCCUGGAUGCGCCCCGUGGGUGCUCGUCAAGACGAAACUAGGAAGACGAUUUGUUCACAAUCCGGAGACAAAUGAGAGUUUCUGGAAAAUCCCUCCCGAGGUCAUGGAGGGGGUUUUCGAGUUUGAUCGCUUGGAACAAGAAGCUUUGGCGAAGAAGGAGCGUGGCGAAGACAUCGAGGGUUUUGAAGAAUCGAAGCAAGAAGACGGCAGUUCAAAGCACAGGCAGGGGGCUGAAGGGUCGGCACCCGGGCCCAUGCUUCAAGCCGAGGCGGACAGUGAUGAGUAUGAAGAAGUGGAGGUCACGGACAGCGAAGAUGAAGACCAAAAUUUCAAGCGACCAAAGAUUGAUGAGGAUGGUGGCCAGACACAGCCUAUGGAAUUCACCGAAGAAGACAUGGAAUAUCAGCUAGCCGCGAUGGGAGAAGAAUAUGGCCUUGACCCCGGGGAGUACGGUGAACCGGGAGAUGAAGAGUGGGAAGAAGGGGCCGAAGGCCUGCCGCUAACAGAAGAAGAUGCUACGGCUCUUUUCCGUGACCUUCUAAAUGACUUCCAUAUCAAUCCCUUCACAACCUGGGAGAAGAUCAUCGAAGAAGGCCACAUCAUCAAUGACAGCCGCUACACUGUGCUGCCGAACAUGAAAUCGCGUCGCGAUGUCUGGUCGAACUGGAGUCGCGAUCGCAUCCAGGAAAUCAAGGAGUGCAAACAGAAGCAAGAGAAGAAAGAUCCUCGCAUCAAAUACCUGUCAUUCUUGCAGGAACACGCGACUCCAAAACUGUAUUGGCCAGAAUUCAAACGGAAGUACAGGAAAGAACCAGAGAUGAAAGAUCCACAGCUAUCGGACAAAGACCGGGAGAAAUUCUACCGCGAUCUGGUAUCUCGAAUGAAACAAUCCGAAAGCAGUCGGAAGUCCGAUCUUUCCGCUCUACUGAGGUCUGUGCCGCUACACGAAUUGAAUAAGUCGUCAAAUCUGGAAGCGCUUCCCACAUCUAUCAUCACCGACCUCAGAUACAUCGCUCUAGCCCCCAAAGUACGCGACCCACUGAUUGAGACAUACAUUUCGACCUUGGCUCCGGCGCCAGAGGAUAACCUCACGGCUGAGGAAAGAGAAGAGCUGGAGCGAAAACGGGUGGAGCGAGAAAAGCGCGAGAGAGCGUUGGCAGAGCGAGAAAAACAAGUGCAAGACGAGAGGCGAAAGCAAAAGGGCGAACUUAUCCGUGGCAAACAUCUGUUGAGAGAAGGUGAGGUUGAGCUUGAGGAGGCUAUGCAAGUCAACAAGGGUGGCCUGCGAAGCUAUCUCGAAGCAGACGAGCAAGCUUCAAGGCCCCAAGAAGAAUAAGGGGCAGUUUAGGAUGUACAGUUCAUGUAUAAGACAGAUACAAUUUUGACGAAAUGUAAAGUACAUGUUAAGCCAAUUUUUCCUCUCUCUAAGGGGGUUCAUCGCGCAAAGCUCUCGUCUCAGCUGCGGGACGCGAUAUGCUCUGUCACUGGAAGUAUGAAAGCAAAAGGGCAAAAGA